CUUGUGACCUUUGAGGAGGUGGCCGUGCAUUUCACUCAGGAGGAGUGGGCGCUACUGGAUCUGGACCAAAGAGCCUUGCACAGGGCAGUCAUGGAGGAGAUCUCUGGCCUUGUGGCCUCUCUGGUAGGUGGUGAGUGGGGGGAAAAGAAUGUCAGAAAUCCACCUGGGGAGCUACUGGAAAGAACCAGACCCAACAAGACGACCCGUCAGGGGAGAAACAUGAAUGCGCAGUCGAAGAGGAGGGAACAAUCUGAUGAUCCCCAGGGUGGUAACUCUGAUCCAAUCCAAGCAAAAAUAGACAAAAGAAAAUCAUGUAUAUGUACCAUGUGUGGGAAAACGUUCAGUCGUAAAACAAGCCUGAAAGCUCACUGGAAAAUCCAUAUGGAGGAGCAACCAUUUAAGUGCUCAGAGUGCGGAAAGGGUUUCAUUUAUAGGUCACAUUUCACAAGGCAUCAAAGAAUCCACACAGGGGAGAAACCGUAUAAAUGUCCAGAGUGUAGCAUUAGCUUCUGUGAUAAAUUCAGCCUUAAGAAACAUCAAAUAAUUCACACAGGGGAGAAACCCCAUGAAUGCUUGGAGUGUGGAAAGAGGUUUUAUCUGAAAGCAUACCUUACUAAACAUAAAAAACUACACAUGGGGGAGAAACCAUAUGUAUGUUGGGAGUGUGGAAAGAGCUUUAGUGUAAAGGGAAGCCUAGUUACUCACCAGCUUGUCCACACAGGAAAGAAGCCGUUUAAAUGUUUGGAAUGUGGAAAGAGCUUUGGUAUGAGCGCAACCCUCACUACACAUCAAAGAAUUCACACAGGGGAGAAGCCAUAUAAAUGCCUGACAUGUGGAAAGAGCUUCAGGUCGAGCUCAAGCCUCACUAAACAUGUGAAGACUCAUACAAGGGAGAAACCAUAUAAAUGUUCUGAGUGUGGAAAGGGCUUCCGUGAUAAGAAAUACCGCACCUUACACCAAAAAAUGCACACAGGGGAGAAACCAUAUCAGUGCUUAGAAUGUGGAAAGAACUUUCGUCAGAUGGCACACCUUACUUCACACCGAAGAACUCAUACCAGAGAGAAGCCCUAUGAAUGUUUGGAGUGUGGCAAAAGCUUCAGUCAGAGCUCAGCCCUUACUACACAUCAAAUUAUCCACACAGGGGAAAAGGCAUAUAAAUGCUCAGACUGUGGAAAGAGCUUUGCUCAGCGUGGCUGCUUUUCUUCACACCGAAGAAUGCAUAUGGGAGGGAAAUCUUAUAAAUGCUUGGAGUGCGGAAAGAUCUUCAGUACAAAUGCAGGUCUUACUAGACAUCAGCGACUCCACACAGGGGAGAAACCAUAUAAAUGCUUGGAGUGUGGAAAGAACUUCCAUCGAGGUGACUCCUUUACUUUACAUCAAAGAAGUCACAUGAGGGAGUUAAAAUAGAAAUGCUUACAGUCUUUAAUACAAGCCAUAUUUUAUGCUGUCACCCCUAUGACUGCCCAGGGUGUUUUCAUGAAUCUGGAAACUCUUGAUACCAGCAAGAAUUCCACUGGUUGCAGUGUCUCCAGGACGACUAGUCUUAUACAAGUAUCUUUUGUGCCCCGAGUAUCUGUGAUUGUGGGCUCGCCCCGCCCCGCCCCCGGUAAAUCCUGCAUUUGUGCUUUGUUUAAUAUUUUUUCCUACCCCUCUGCCCUCUGGUCCUGUCGCACUAUCCGUCUGGGGUGGCCACAUUUAAGGUACUAUAGCUUUUAAUUAGACUUAUUGAAUCUAGCAUUGUUUAGUGUUUUUAACUUUGUUUUUUAAUCUGUGUUUUAUUGUAACCACCCAUUUUGUUUUAUUGUAAAACUCAGACAUGAGUUUUGGGUGUUCUAAAAUAUACUAAAUAAAUAAGGUAAGGCAA